AUGGCAGACCGUAAGUUACACAACGAGCUCGCGCACCGACGCAACACAGAGCUGAUCGUCAAACUUUUCCAGUUCCGCCAGCGCAACAUGCCUCCUACAGCGCCCUCAUCGACGAGAUCCUUGCCGCUGCGGACCUCAACACCAUCUCUGCCAAGGCCAUUCGCAAGCAGUUGCAGGAGAAGGUCGACUAUGACAUUGCGCCUCAGAAGGUACGCGCGUAUUCUAGCAUCGCUCCGAUACAAUCAUGACUGACACUGGGCCAACAGAAAGCCAUCACCGGCUUGAUCAUGGAACGAUUCGACAAAGCCCAAGCAAGUCGUGGCACCCGCGACUCCGGCGUCACAGAGCCGGCACCCACCACAAACGGCACCGUCAAACCCGAAGACUCUCCAGAGCAAGAAGACGACGACGACGAAGCUUCUCCACCAGCGUCUACCAACAAGCGUAAAGCCUCCGAGACCGAAGAGGACGAACUGAGUGAAGUCGACGACUCCUCGCCUGCUCCUAAGAAGAAAAAGAAGGUCUCCAAGUCUACCGAGGUCGAAUCGGACGAGCAGCUGGCAGCACGGAUACAGGCAGAGCUCAAUGGCCCGAUGCGCUCCACGCGCGGUGGGGGCGCCAAGCGUAAAACCGUCAGCAAGACGCAAAAGAAGAGCAAGAAGAAGACUCCUGCCAAAAUACGUGCGGACGACGACAGCGAGCUAGAGGGCGAGGAUGGCGAGAAACCGGAGAAGGAGAAGAAGGGCGGCUUUCACGUGAAUAAUAACAGGCACCUCAUCCUACCCAUAUGCCUCGUCACUAAUAUGUCUCACACAGAAACCAAUGAACCUCUCCGAACCCCUCGCAGCCCUCCUGGGCGAGACCCAACUCUCCCGACCGCAAACCGUCAAGAAGAUCUGGGAAUACGUCAAAGAGCGCGACUUGCAAGAGAAAUCCGACAAGCGCAACAUCAUCUGCGACGAACCCUUGCGCGCAGUCUUCAAGAGCGACAAGGUGCACAUGUUCACGAUGAAUAAAAUCCUCGCGCACCAUCUCUAUCCCGCCGACGAGGCUGCAUAG